AUGGGGGUCUCUGGAAAAUGGCUUAAAGCAUUGGUUGGAAUGAAGAAGUCAGAUAAGCCACAGUCCUCAGAGGAAGUGGAAAGUAGAACACCUUCUAGCAAGUCUCGCCAUAGAAGAAAGAAUUCAGUGGAGAUUGGUGCGGACAUAUUUCAACGGGAGCUAAAUCACAAUGUUGCAGCAGUGAUUGGUGACUCUGUUCCAGAAGCUUCAGGAUCUCCUGCUACCUCAAGUCAGCUACAGGAUGUGAACCAUAAUCAACAGAGAUUACAUGACGAAUGGGCUGCCACUCGUAUUCAAACAGCUUUCCGAGGAUUUCUGGCUAGAAGAGCACUGCGUGCUUUAAAAGGGCUAGUGAGACUACAAGCCCUUGUUAGAGGCCAUGCUGUAAGAAAGCAAGCUGCCAUAACUCUUCGCUGCAUGCAAGCUUUGGUAAGGGUUCAGGCUCGAGUAAGGGCAAGGCGUGUUCGUUUGGCAUUAGAGAAUCAAACAUCUCAACAAAAACUUCAGCAACAAAUCGCAGAUGAGGCUCGAGUUCGAGAAAUAGAAGAAGGGUGGUGUGACAGUAUAGGUUCUGUUGAACAAAUUCAAGCAAAGUUACUGAAGAGACAAGAGGCUGCAGCUAAGCGUGAGAGAGCUAUUGCAUAUGCUAUUUCUCACCAGUGGCAGGCGGGUUCCAGACAGCAGGCUAUCCCCUCCGGGUUUGUUCCAGACAAGAGCAGUUGGGGUUGGAACUGGCUGGAGAGAUGGAUGGCUGUCCGUCCAUGGGAGAACAGGUUUCUCGACAUUAAUCUCAAGGACGGAGUGAUGAUCCACGAGAACGAAGAAAAUGGAUCCAAACCUCAGCAGAAACCUACAGGCAAGAAGCCAGCUGCACAGGCAAACAUUUCAACUCAGAAAACUGGUCCUUCUCAUUCCAAUGGCAGCAGCUCUCCACCUACAAGCAAACCAGCAGGCUCACUCGAGGCCCCAUCCAACUCACAUUUCACUAAGCCGAAGCCUAAGCCAAAGCAAGUUGCCGGGCUAAUAACCGAAGAAGCCAGCUCUCGGCCCGGUGGCAUCGCCCAGAGAUCUCACAGCAACCCGAAAGAUAGAGCCGCUCAACCUGAUAAACCCAUGAAGAAGAGGCUGUCUCUUCCUAAUAAAGGGGGAGAAUCUGGAAAUGCCGAGGCAGCCAGGCAAGGCAGGCUGGCGAAAGGCUCAUCGCCUGCAACGUCUAGGAAGCCAAUAAUAAAGAUGAGCGCGAAAGCGGGCUCGAACACCGCCAAGGCAACCGUCGCUGUUGCACCAUCAGCAGUUGAAGUUUAG